UGUGACGUCACAAGGCUGCGUCGCGCUCCAGCUUCUGUUGUGAUUCAGCUGAAGAAAAGGAUAAAAGUGUCCUUCUGUGAAGCGACUGUGCCACCGUUAUAAAGAUGGCGUUUAUUAAAGAGGAGAUUGAAGAUGUGAAGAUUGAAGAAACAUUCAGAGUCAAACAAGAAGAGACUGAGACACAAACAGACCCGAUGCCACUGAAAGAAGAGAGUCAAGAACUGAGUGAAAUGGAAGAAGAAUAUCAUGAUUUCAUAAAUGGGAAAAAAUCUGCAAAGACUGACAAGACGUCCUCAGGAAAAAGAUCCAAGAGGAAAUCGUACAGGUUUUGCACCUGCCAUCAGUGUGGAAAGAGUUUCAAUCAAAAACCAAACCUUAAAAUCCACAUGAGAACUCACACAGGAGAGAAACCUUAUACCUGUCAACGAUGUGGAAAGAGUUUCAGUCAAAAAGCCAACCUUAAAAGCCACAUGAGAAUUCACACUGGAGAGAAGCGUUUCACCUGCCAACAGUGUGGAAACAGUUUCAUUCAAAAAGGGAACCUUAAAAAACACAUGGGUAUCCACACCGGAGAGAAGCCAUUCACAUGUGAUCAGUGUGGAAAGUGUUUCACACAUAAAGACAUGCUUAAUUCCCACAUGAGGGUUCACUCAAAAGAGGACUGUUUUUUAUGUCAGCAGUGUGGAAGAAGUUUCGCUCAUAAAGUAAGCUUCAAGACUCACAUGAGAGUUCACACCGGAGAGGAGCCUUACGCAUGCUCUCAGUGUGGAAAGAGCUUCAGAUAUAAACCAUCUCUUGAUUCCCACGUGAGAAUUCACACCGGAGAAAACCCUCACACCUGCACACUGUGUGGGAAGAGCUUCUCACGAAACACAUCUCUUAAGACUCACAUGGACAUUCACACUGGAGAGAAGCCAUUCACAUGUGAUCAGUGUGGAAAGAGUUUCAGACGUAAAGUAACCCUUAAUGAACACGUGAAGAUUCACUGUAGGAGAUAACCGUUUUAGAUGUAACGAAGUAAUAUUAGAAGAUAAUAUCCCGCAUAACAGAGCAAAUUGCAGAGGUUAUGAGGAACAAAGGUCAACACUGUAAAUAUCGUCUCGUAUUGUUUUUGCCCAUAAAAGCUUUUAAAACCUG